AUGACUCAUGAAAGAAUUGAAAAAAAUGGAUCGAUUGCCAAUACAUUAAGGGCUUCAAAGAAUCCUCCACUUCCUCCACUUCCAGGUAAACCCUUUACCAUUUCGAUCGUUGGUGCUGGUCAAAGAGGUGCUGGAUACGCGUUUUAUGCUGUAUCGGAACCGCGAUUGGCCAAAGUUGUUGCCGUUGCUGAACCGGUUGAAAUUCGUAGAAAAAACAUGCAAAAGACAUAUAAUAUUCCUGACGAGAAUUCAUUUAGCGAUUGGCGAGAACUCGCAAAACGACCUAAACUAAGUGAUGCGGUGGUAAUUGCAACCUUGGAUCAUUCUCAUACAGAACCUGCAGUUGUAUUUACAGAUCUGAAGUAUCAUAUUUUAUUAGAAAAACCUAUGGCUGGAAAUCUCGUAGAUUGCAAAAAAAUUUUUGAUGCAGCCAUUAGAAAUCAAGUCGUGUUUGCUAUAGGUCACGUGCUAAGAUACACUCCACAUAAUCUCCUUAUUAAAAAGAUUAUCGAUUCAGGUUUAUUGGGAAAUGUCAUUAACAUUCAACACAUAGAGCCUGUGGGAAAUUGGCACUUUGCUCAUUCGUAUGUAAGAGGCAAUUGGAGAAAAGAACAAGAUUCUUGUUUCUCUCUUAUGACCAAGUGUUGCCACGAUAUUGAUUUGAUGGCGCAUUGGAAUGAUUCUCCUUGUGUGAAAAUUAGUUCAUUUGGGAAUUUAUCACACUUUACUUCAAAGAAUAAACCUACUGAAGCUGGGGAAGCAAAACGAUGUUUGGAAUGUGCAUAUGAGCCUUCAUGUGCAUAUUCCGCAAAGAAAAUUUAUAUCAAAUCACUGAAGAAUGGAAAUCGGGACUGGCCUGUUAAUGUGGUUACGGAUGUUGUUGAUAUUGAACAUUUGGUUGAAGCAUUAAAGACUGGACCAUAUGGUCGAUGUGUUUAUGAAUGUGAUAAUGAUGUUGCGGAUCAUCAGGUGGUUAAUAUGGAAUUUGCAAGUGGUGCUACAGCAUCUGUUACAAUGGUUGCUUUUACUGAAUCUAUAUGUACAAGAAAGUUGGAAUGUGAUGGUCUGAACAAUAUAAGUUAUUAUAGUUUUCAAACAAAAAAAAAAGAACUUUUACAAGCAACAGAUAUCAUUGGUGGAAGUAUUUCGGGCGGUCAUGGUGGAGGUGAUUUUGGAUUAAUGCGAUCAUUUCUUUAUGAGAUUGCAUCGAAAGAUCAAUCUAUCAAAUAUUUGUCGGGGGCUGAAGAAUCAUUAGAUUCACAUAUUUAUGUAUUUGCCGCGGAACAUUCGAAAAGAUCCGGAAACGUUGUUAACAUUGAACAAUUUAAACAUGAAAAUGGAAUUGAAAUUGUCAACAAUUAA